AUGUGUGACAAAAUGUCGUCGAAUAACGCGUUUGCCGGCAGCAAGCAGCAUAUAGUGGGGCUACGUCGGCCGAGGCCCGUUGUGAUGGCAGUGCAACGAGCCGAGGACAACGAACGCAGCCUCAACGGCGGCCGUGUCCUCGGCGGCGAUUUCCGGCCGCCAGAGGUCACCGGCACAUCGAUUCAGAUGAGUGACGCUGCUGCUGCUGCUGCUGCGAUGGAAAAUUGGGAGGAGAAUGAUGAUGGUGGUGGUGGCGGUGGUGGUGGCGAGAGUGGCCCAGGCCAUCGUAUUUCGGUCGACGCUGAGAAGAGAUGCGUAUUAGAUGACAUUAUUAUCGGUGGAACGCUAGAGGACAACGAUGAUGACGACGAAGAUGAGAUACGGGAUUUGCGAGGAUUGUUCCGUGAAAUGUUCGUGACGGAGAAGAAGUUCGCGACGGCACGACACGGCGAAGCAAACCACACUCUCUCCGCUGCUGCUGCUGUUGUCCUGUGCUGCUAUGCACUUGUCGGCCGUCACCAUCACAAAGUGCUUCGUCCCGUACUUUCAACGACUUUGAAUUCGCCGAACCUCAGAAGAGGCUAA